AUGGGUACGUAUAGAAAGAGAUUUAACGAGAAGGCAAGAUCCGGCCAUAUGGCCAGGCUGAAAGAACUAAAAAGAGUCAGAAAUAAGCAGUUUCAUAGAGAUGAACCUGAAUCUGAAAAUAUAAAAGGUGACGAGGUUACUGAACUAGACUCUAAUUCAUCUAUUCUAAAACCCAUGACUGAGAGUGAAAAGCAGGAAAAGAAACGUAAAUUGGAAGACCUAUUUACUCCUAAAGAAUCAAAGGUAUCUAGGCAAAAAAAAAAACGGUUAGAUAAGUUUAUUGAACAUCAAAUUAAAAGAGAAGAAAAGAAGGCAUUGAUAAAUAAAUUACAAGACUAUAAGAUAGAUACAUCGUUACUGACUAGCUCCAAGAAUCUGGGGCAUGGUAGACAAACAAAGAAGGAAGAAUUUGCUGAAGCACUAAAUCUGGAGAAACAAGGCAGAGGUAAUGCAACUACUGAUGAGAUAUUGUACGAAGAACACACCGCAAAAUCAUGGGACGAAGAGCAGUCAAAUAGCUCAGUAGAAGAUGAAGACUCUGAAAACGAUGAUUCAGGGGAAGACAAUUUUGAAGACAAAUUUGGUACAAUUCCAGAAACAAAGAAAUCCUCUUUUAUUGAUCAUAGACCAGUUAAAUUAGGUGGCCAAGGCGGUUUCGGCUUUGGAUUUUCUAACAUCAAAAUUGUGACUAAAGAAGAUAAGGUUAAUAGCACAAUGCCAAAGAAGAAGUAUAACUGGAGACAACGUGUCGAAUUACAAGAGAAAAGGCAAAUCGAUGAAGAAGAUGCCCAAGAUUUUGAUUCCAGCUCUGAAGAAGAAAGUGAAGAAGAAAGUGAAGAAGCAAGUGAAGAAGCAAGUGAAGAAGCAAGUGAAGAAGAACAAGUAGGAAGUGAUGACUCUUUGGAUGAACAAAAUUCCAGUUUUUCUGAAAAUGAAAGCAAUGAGCACAGUGAUAAUGAUAACAGUGAUGAAAAAACAGUAACUGUAUCGAAAGAUAAGAGUGAUAUUGCAGAGGAGUUCAAAACAUGGGCGAACCAAAGUAUACGAACUAUGGAAGGUCGGGAUAUCGAAAUGGUUACUCCAACAUUGAGCUCUGAAUAUCAACCAAUUGUGCGUACGGAGGACCUCGAUGAUGGAUUACCAACUAGCAAUGUUCCUGUUGAUGAAACAUCAAAUAGAAAGGCUUUCUAUGUUAAAAUAGAAAGAUCUGAAGAAAUACAAGCAGCAAGGGUACAACUACCGGCAUACGCCGAAGAACAUAACAUCAUGGAAGCUAUUCAUCAUAAUGACGUCAUAAUUAUUAGUGGUGAAACUGGUUCAGGUAAAACCACUCAAGUUCCCCAAUUUCUUUAUGAAUCUGGCUUUGGUAAUGAUAAAUCUCCUGACUACCCGGGUAUGAUAGGUAUUACACAACCUAGAAGAGUUGCAGCUGUUUCAAUGGCUAAUCGUGUUGCAAAUGAACUUGGUGAUCAUGGAAAAUAUGUUGCAUACCAAAUCCGUUUUGACUCAUCUACAAAGAAAGAUACCAAAGUUAAAUUCAUGACCGAUGGUGUUUUAUUGAGAGAGAUGAUGGAGGAUUUUAAACUAACAAAAUAUUCAUCAAUUAUUAUAGAUGAAGCACAUGAAAGAAAUAUCAAUACCGAUAUACUUAUUGGUAUGUUAAGUCGUUGUGUGCGUCUGCGUGCAAAAGAGCAUGCUCAAAACCCACAGGGUAAUAAACGUUUAAAGUUAAUCAUUAUGUCAGCAACACUAAGAGUCGCUGACUUCAGUGAAAAUACUACCCUUUUUGCAACUCCUCCACCUGUAUUGAAUGUAACAGCAAGACAAUUCCCUGUAUCUGUGCAUUUUAAUCGUAGAACGCCGUUCAACUAUACCGAUGAGGCUUUCAGAAAGACAUGUAAAAUCCAUAGCAAACUUCCUCCAGGUGCAAUUCUUAUAUUUUUAACAGGCCAACAAGAAAUUACCCAAAUGGUAAAGAAAUUAAGGAAAGAAUUUCCAUUUAAAAAUAAAAAAAUAAAUGUUAGUAACGAAAUUUCAAAAAUCAAGAUCGAUUCAAGAAAUGCUGACAUGGAAGCAGAAGAUAUAGACUUUAGUGUUCAAGUUAUUGACGAAGAAAAAUUUAAAGAAGAGAUUGGUCCUGAAAAUGACGGAUCGGAUAACGAAUCAGAAGAAGAGGAAGGUUUCGAGGAAACAUUAGAGGAAGGUCAGACAGAGAACGAUCCUCUAUAUGUUUUGCCCCUAUACUCUCUACUUCCAACCACCGAACAAAUGAAAGUCUUUGAAAACCCUCCUGCUGGUUCUAGACUCUGUGUUGUCGCCACUAAUGUUGCUGAAACAUCAUUGACCAUACCUGGUGUUAGAUAUGUUGUCGAUUGUGGGAGGUCCAAGGAAAGAAAGUAUAACACCGAAACUGGUGUACAAAGUUUUGAAAUUGAUUGGGUGAGUAAAGCCAGUGCAGGUCAAAGGAGUGGUAGAGCUGGGCGUACGGGUCCCGGUCAUUGUUACCGACUAUACUCCUCUGCUGUAUUUGAACGUGAUUUUGCUCAAUUUUCACGUCCAGAAAUUUUAAGAACACCAGUAGAAAAUGUUGUUUUACAAAUGAAAAGUAUGGCUAUUCACAAUAUUACUAACUUUCCGUUCCCAACUCCACCUGAGAGAUAUGCUUUAUCCACUGCUUUACAACUACUUCGUUACUUAGGUGCAUUAGAUGACAAAGAGAAGAUUACUAGGGAUGGUAGAAGAAUGAGUUUGUUCCCAUUAUCAGCAAGGUUUUCAAAAAUGUUAUUAACAUCAAAUGAACACGAUUGUCUACCAUAUGUUGUUUCAAUCGUUAGUGCAUUAUCAGUAGGCGACCCUUUCAUAUCAGAGACAGAGUUGGGUAUUGGUGCUAUUCCAAUAAAGAAGGUAGAUGUUGAAGAUGAAAAGGAAGAUCAUAGUGAGGAUGACGAUUUAUCUCAACAAGAAAAAACCAAUCUACGUGCAAAAUUCCGUAAGGGUAGGAAGCUUUUUGAUAAAUUAGAUAAUUAUUCUGAUGUUUUCCGAACAUUGAGUGCUGUCUGUGCAUACGAUUACGUAAAGAGACCAGACAAGAUGUCAUUUAUACAUAACCACUUCCUUAGAGGAAAACUUAUGGAUGAAAUUGUCAAACUAAGAAAACAACUGAUGUAUAUUAUCAAAUCAAAUAUAUCUGAAGAGAAUAUUGCCGUAUCAGUUAAGGAUAGGGAUCUUUUAGUUCCUGUUCCAACUGAAAUCCAAAUUAAAUUAUUAAAACAGAUGGUUUGCUCUGGGUUCCCUGAUCGCGUUGCAAUUAGGGCUGAUGCAUUAUUUCCUGAGGAUGCAAAGAUCACAAAUAGAACCAACAUCAUAAACAUCCCAUAUAUUCCCGUUCUUACCAAGAAGCUGCCAGAAAUUGAAGAAUGUUUCUCUUAUAUUCAUCCAACUUCCAUCCUGACCAACAGCGGUGAAAUGCCUCCAAAAUUCUUAGUAUUCUCUUCCUUACAUCAGAACAAUAAUGGUAAAACAAGAAUGUCAACACUAUGUGAUAUCAAGAGCACUGCACUUGCUAAUAUUGCGAGAAAGGGUUCAUUACUAGACUACAGUAAACCAUUGGCUGGUAAUGGUCUUAAGACAAUCAACAUGUCUCCCACAGAACGUUACUGUUAUGUUGUACCACGUUUUGGUUCUAACGUUGAUAGCGACAUUAAAAUUGGUUGGGAUUUAAACCCAAUCCCUGUUCACCAAAGAAAGAUAAACGGGAAAUGGGUUGUUGAAAAAUUUAUCACAAACAAAAACUACAAGACGCUAGAACAGAAACAAAAAGCCUGA